AUGGAGCGCGUUGGGGACCUGCUGCGGGACCUGUCUGCCUGCGGGGCGCUCAGCAGCACCCAGAUGGCGCAGGGCCUCGGCCGCGUGAGGUCCCGGCUCGCUGACGAGGCGCUCGACGCGCCCGCGGCCCCCGCCGCGUUCGGCGCCCUCCUGGAGCGGGCCGGCAAGGAGGGCUGGCUGCCUCCGGAGCUCAAGGCGGCGGAGUGA